GUUAUUUAAAGGCUACGUAUGUUACUAACCGAACCGACAUAUAAGAAAGUAUACUGGACAAAAUUACAAAUUCUUUAUUUUUAAAUUUUUAAUAUAUAUGUAUAAACGUAAUGGGAAAAGUUACAUUUAUUCAUCCAGAUCUUGGUAUUGGAGGAGCUGAAAGGGCGGUUAUUGACGCCGCACUCGCUUUACAGUCCAGAGGACACGUAGUCGAAUUCAUUACGGCUCAUCAUGAUAAAUCACACUGUUUUCAAGAAACCAAAGAUGGAACAUUGAAAGUAACAGUAGUAGGAGACUGGUUACCGAGAAAAUUAUUUGGAAAAUGUUAUGCAUUAUGUGCCUAUAUUCGCAUGAUCUUUGCAGCCAUCUACUUCAUUAUAUGUGGAUCCAAAGCUGAUGUAAUAUUUGUUGAUCAAAUUUCAGCCUGCAUACCAGUGUUAAAGUUAGCAUCUGCCAAAAUAAUAUUUUACUGUCAUUUCCCCGACAUGUUACUGACACAAAGGAAGAGUUUGGGAAAGAAAAUAUACAGAGCUCCUAUUGACUUUAUAGAACAAAAAACGACAGGAAUGGCUGACUGUGUACUUGUCAACAGCAAGUUUACUGGUAAGAAUGAUGAUACAAUUACAGCUCUACUUUUUUGAUUGAUAAUCUAUUUUUAAAAAAUCAAAAUUAUAAACUUCAUUUUAUAAAGAGAGAUGAAAAUACUGCAGUAUUUUCCUUCUAUUUCUAUAUAUUUUUUAAUACAGAAUAAGAAGAAUAUGAUAAAAUUUAUUCCCAAAAGACAAAACCUCUUCAUAAAAUGAUUACUGGUACCAUACUGACAAUGAGAGAAAUGAUUGUCUGCUGGUCAAUAGCUGUCAGACUGCACUCAGUCUCAGAAAUCAAAUUGGUAAAUCAUAUGAAUAGAAAAUGAGUAUUGGUAUUUAACUCUUUAGUAAGUUUUCAGCAUUGUUGCACUUCCGAGGGACAAAGUUAACAAGUGCUGCAUUUUUAAAAAAGAGUUAAUUCUAUUUAUGAUUAAUUAUAGUUCAGUAGAGAGUGUUAAUAAGUGUUAAGUAGAUAAGAUAGUAAGACAUUUGUUUAAAUCCAAACCAGCAUGAAAUAUUUUACUCCCAAAUGUUCUUAUGGUUAGCGAAAAUCAAUGUAAACAUAACCCUCUACUGAGCAGUAAUAAUUUCAGCAACAUCAUAAGUAGUGUAUUUAAUGAACUUGAAGACACCGUGGUACAAGCUGGAAGAAUAGAGUUGAGUGUGUUGAUGAGCAAGUAAAUGGUAAUAUCAUGUGACUGACAUACAGGUACCAGUACCUCAAAACAUGCUUGAGAGAUAGUAAUCACAUUUAAUGAUUUAAUUACCCGGGAUCUACAAUAAAGGAGCACAAUGAUAUGACAUAUGGAAUGGAAAACAGCAGGGAAUUUUCUAUUUUAGUCUACCAAAGAAAAAUAAGAAGCUCACAAGGAAUUAAAAGAAUACCGGGUAUGUAUAUCCUGUAACUCAGUAUAGUAUAAUAAGAGCAGUAGUCAUAUAUUCACAAGUGAACCAUGGAUCCAUCCCAAGGAAACUAUGAUAUCUACUAGUUACUAAAUCGGAAAAGGAAAGUCCUGAGAAAUAUGAACCUAUACAGGAUAAUGAAUUAAAAUUAAAUUAUUGAUGAUAAUUGACACGCAGCAAUCAAGAAUAUAUCGGUUGUUCAAGGUGGAAAUUUAACCGCCAGAUUGUGCUGGACAGAUGCUUAAAGAGCGUGCCAGAUUGUAAUGCUGUAAAAGUGAUGUCUGAACACAAACCAAGGCUCAUUGUUGGAUGGUAAUAAGGGGGAGAGACUGCAAUCAGGUUAGAAAAAUAUUAAAUGAGUAAAAAAUAAGCAUGUGAAAACCUAAAGAGGUAUUUAAUCUCUCACCUACUUAUUUUCUGUUAGGUGCAAUUCUUUUGCUGCCCUCUCGAAUACUGUUUGUUUGCUGACGAAGGCUUCCUGCGGACACGUUGUUUUGUUGCGUUCCUUUUCCAGGUUUUCACAUACUUUGCUUUACUUUAUUCAUUUCCUCAUUGUUGGACCAUGACGGAGGUGAAGACUCAUCUGUGUGGAGAGGAUGUGGAGACUCAUCUGCUUAGAGUCAAAUGGAUGCUUCCAGUUGAGAGGGUGUGGUUGUGCAGGCCAGAGCCCUCUAUGGGCUGUAGUGCUGUUGUUGAUGGUUUAUGUGUCACUGGUGUGCAGCUUAUUUAACUUAUAAUAAUAAUAAUAAAGUUUAUUUUAAAAAAAUCAUGCUUCAUCCCCAAAGGCUCGAAGCGCGGUACAAAGUCAACCAUACUAAAAGAGAAAUGAAACAAUCUAUAUUUUACCAAAUUAAAACACAAAACGCAACAGUACAAAAACUACCAACGAGCAUACCCAUUCAACUAAGCAUAAGUACUGGUACCGGGUACCAUAAAAAAGUUACUUUUACCGGUACUUUUAUAAAAGUUGAAUUUAAAGUAACACUAAAAUUGAAUAUUUUCAAUGAUCUCUGUCAGUGGUUAAAACGUUUAGCCAAAAUAUCACAAUGUAUAAUGUAUGUAUCAUGUGUAGAAUCCCGAUUCUUGAGCAAAGCAAUUUUUUUUAAGGAUAAGAAUGUCUUAUCUUUUCAUUCCAUUAUCAAUCCAUCCCUGUGGUGUUAUAGCCAUCUUCAUCACUUCCUUCCACUCAGAUGAAUCUGAUGUUUUACUUUUCAAAGCUUUGAUCCUAUGAUGUUGCUGUAGAUCUGAUUCACAUUAUCUAUCCAUUUAAAUUUAAGCCUUGAUCUGCUCUUCACCUCUAGUGAUUCUAGCUGACCUGUCCAACAUUAAAUUUAUUUAUUCUGCUAUAGUCGGAUCCUUCUUUCUAUUCCUGGUUUGUGCCUUUUCUUAAUAGAAGUAUUUCACCUUUCCAAAAGGAAAAUGAGAAUGAACUGAAACUGAAAUCAAUAUAAAAUUAUGAUUUCUUGGUUUCUGCAUUUUAGUUUUAGAACAUUUCAAAGAAUCCAAAGCAGAAAUUAAACUUUUAAUAAAAUAAAUCAGUUGUUUACAAUUAUUAAAAAAUUAUUUAUCACAUUAUUCAGCUAUGGUAUGGUACCUUCUUCGAGGGGCCCACGAUCUAUUUGUUGAUCAUUCUGGCUCCUGGUUUAAAUUCAGAGUUUGCCUUCUGUGAGAUGGGUUGUUUUUGAUUGCUGGUUCUGUGUAAUUCUGGCUAACGAGUCCCAUAUACCGGGGGUUCUUGGGAUGUUGGCUUUGGUGGGGAUUGAACUCCAGACCACCAACUAUUUGGUUUGAGACAGUUUAGACCGCUCGGCCACCCAGCACCCUUAAUAAAUGUAUUGAUGUUAUGAUUUCCAUUCUUUUUCCAUCUUCAGGUAUAUAUUCGAUUUUCUAAAUAAUAUGUUUAUAUACCGUUAUUUUAUAUAUUUUGAUUCAUUAUAUUUAUUAAAUCUCUUCCAGCUAAGGUCUUUCAUCAAACAUUUACACAUCUGAGCCAUAUUCAACCAGAAGUUCUCUACCCAAUACCAAAUUUCUCCUCGUUUGAUAUGCCAGCUGAUCCACCAACAGAUGACUUAAUACCUACGCAAGCAAGGAUUGUGUUUCUCUCUAUUAACAGAUUUGAAAGGAAAAAGAAUCUUCAAUUAGCUAUUUAUGCCUUGGGUAGGGUAAUUAUUCAUGUCAAUAAUUAUAUACGGUACCGAUAAUAUAAAUUUCUGAAAUAAAUUUAGCAUUACCGGUAUAAUUGUUAUAUAGGAAUAAGUAAUUUAAAUUAUAAGAAUUUUAAGGCUCAUAUUAUAUUAUGUCGGUAGCUAAUUUUUUUAAUUAGGUACCGGGUACCAGUAUUAUUCUUAAGAGGUCUAUAUUUAAAUUAUCCGUGUCAGUGGUAUGAAUCAAAAGGGCCAUUUAAAAAAGGCCCAACGAAGUAAAACUUCUUAAUUGUUUUUAUACAUUUAAAGUAAGCCAUGGGGCUUUCUAUAUAUUUACGGAACCAAAAAAAAAAGUAAAUUUCACAUCACUCCUCCCUGUUACACACCCAUACUUUUUUGGACACCCCCUUCUGCAUACAUGCAAAUGAGCUUUCACCCCUCCUCUCUCCAAAGGUCAUAGAUGGCUUUAUUAGAUAUAAUUAUAAAUUGGCUGUUUAUGGACUGUCAGAAUUUCAGGAUAAUUGCAGAAUUUGUCAGUAAAUGUACUUUCUACCAAAAUCAACAACCCCCUCCACUGAUAUGAUUGUAAUAUAUGGAUAGCCUCUAUUUUCAAUAUGAGAAUUCUAUGAUUGAUAUACAGUACUUAUCUUUUUCUUACAGAUAGACUUGUACUUAUCUUUUUCUUACAGAUAGACUUGUACAGCUGAAGCCAAAUGCAGAUGUGCAUCUUAUUAUGGCAGGCGGCUAUGAUUCACGAGUAGAUGAAAAUGUUGAGCAUUAUAAUGAACUUGAAUCCAUUGUUAAAAAACUGGGACUUGAAGGGAAGGUCACCUUAAUUCGUUCCUUCAGUGAUAAUCAGAAAAGGACUCUCCUAUCUUCCAGCUCAUGCCUAAUCUACACCCCGGAAAACGAACAUUUUGGAAUUGUACCUAUUGAAGCAAUGUAUAUGAAGUGCCCAGUUAUAGCUAUGCGAAGUGGAGGGCCAUUAGAAACUGUUGCAGAUGGUGAUACUGGUUUUUUAUGUGACAAUGACCCAGAAGAUGUUGCUCAGAAAAUGCUCAAGUUUGUUGAAGAUGGCAUCUUAUCAAAAUCACUGGGUGAAGCUGGGAAGGAGAGGGUCAAGAAAAUGUUUUCUUUUGUUUCUUUCACUGAGAAAUUAGACUCAACAGUCCAUAGAUUGAUUAUUGGUGACUAA